AUGGCACCGAAAACCAGUGGAAAGGCCGCCAAGAAGUCCGGAAAGGCGCAAAAAGUCAUCGUCAAGGGAGAGAAGAAGAAGAGGAGACAGCGCAGGAAAGAAAGCUAUGCCAUCUACAUCUACAAGCAGGACCCGGACACCGGAGUCUCGUCGAAGGCCAUGAGCAUCAUGAACAGCUUUGUCAAUGACAUCUUCGAACGUAUUGCUGCUGAGUCGUCCCGUCUGGCUCAAUACAACAAACGCUCGACGAUCACCUCCCGCGAAAUCCAAACUGCUGUCCGUCUGCUGCUGCCGGGUGAGUUGGCCAAGCACGCUGUCUCUCAAUGA